AUGCAGCGGUCGUCUAAGAAACGUCCCGAUCUUCGCAACAUCCGCGUUGCUAUUCCAUACUCUCUCCAGCAUGGCAUAGCUUCUAAGUUUACGCCAACAUCAUCAGCCACUGCAACCACAAAACGCUCAAAGCCUACUCUUCUCAAAAUUCCUCGAGAAAUACGCGAUCAAAUUAUGAACAAUCUCCUUAUGAGUCAUGCACUCGGCACUGGAGCUUCACUGUGCACCAAACUUAAUGGCACCGAUAUACCUACUUCAGAAGAGAUACCUCGAUACUUCCUUCACACUUCCAUUCUCUCCGUGUGCAAGCAGCUAUAUGAGGAAGGUUCCAAGGUGCUCUACGAGGGCAAUGAAUUUAUAGUCGACUGUUUGGAAUCGGAAAAUGCACGUCCCAAGCUUGGUGAAGUUUGGUCUUCAGAUCAUGUAUGCUUGCAUGAUAAUCUGGACGUAUACUCUAUCAGUGACACUUUAGUCGUCAGUCCUGUAACUCGAUUACUAGGGGACAGUCACUUCACGCAUGCCACAUGCACGGGAAUAAGCUCCCGGGUGCUUAAAAGGACUUUUCGACAAUCUCGUUUUCAGCAAAUCAGCCGCAUCAAGAAAUGGAAAGUCCUUGUCCGCUGUGCUUUAGAAACCUAUGGCAUGUACGCGCUAUUACAAUUCUGUCGAGCGGUGUGCGAGAUUCCAGGACUUGAGAUUACUUUUCUGCUCGUUGGGACGGAAAAAAACAAAAACGAACGAAUCGAUUCCAAUAAUGCGCUUAGAACAUGGCACCCGUUGAAGUUACUUCGAAAUGUCGCUGUAGUUGAAUUUAGGGAAGCGACAGGGGACGAAAUACCAGAGUACAUGUUUUAUCACGGAUCAUGGGACGAUUACCACUGCAAAGGUUUUCUCUCGACGGUAAACUCUCUUGAAGAACAUGUGGCUUUAAUGAAAGGAUCUUUGCCAUUGAAUUCCACGGAGUCCAUCCAUCUACAGUAUGAUAGAUUGCUGGCAUAUGCCCAGGCAUUCGAAUGUAAUCCAGAAUUUAGAGCUGACCUUGAUUUGCCCCCGGAUAUUAACGCAAAACUUCCACGUUGGGGGUGUCCAAAUAACGUGUUCCGUGCAAAACAUAUUCAUCAGAUCGAGGAAAGCGUCGAUUUUUGCCGCAGAGAAGCCACGAAUUCAUAUAGCAACAUAGAUUUUUUCAGGUGGGCACGGCAUCAGGCACUGCUCGAGCUAGAGAAGCAAUAUGAAGCUAUCAAUCGACAUGCUUUCAACCUCAACGAAUUUAUCAAAUCAGAAAAGAGAUUUGAAGGCUUUUUUGGUCUAGCAGGGUGGAAACUCAAGACUGCUCUAACUAGACCUUAUUACGGGACAGGUGAGGUUAGCGCAGAUCCGAGAUUGAGUACUAACGAGCAAUACAUCGAAGCCCACCAAGAAUCUUUGAGAGAUGAUUGGUGGGACCGAAGUACAGAGGCACUUUUACUUUUAGAAGAAUAUGCAGAUUCUUUCGCCAGAAAACUUUCUUUCCAACAGCGUAUUGAGUUUCGCAAGUAUGACAUCGCUUCAUUGUACAAUCAUCUGCCGAGAGCAAGAUUGCUGGAAAACCUUAAGCAGGCCUACAAAUAUCGGGCGUACGAUGAUUUUGUCCAAUGGUUCAAGAAAGCCGUGGAUGAUAUGGAUGGACAACUGAUUGAGAUUAGGAAGGCAAGACAGAGACUAUUUGACUACGACAGAGAUGAAAAGACUGAAAGGGGCAUUAAAAUUGACUAUAGGGAGUUUGGGUUUGUUAAUUGGGGUGUAAGUGAGCCAGACAUGAGAGUGAGACUUACCAUUGACAAAGCCAGAGAAAUGAGGAUAUAUGAUGUGAGGGAAAGAUACUACCCAUAA